CAACAAAAUCCAACGAUAAUGACCCAAACAGCCACCCGCGCAGCGAACAUAGCUCAUAAAGCCGUUGGAGGCUUUCUGAUUGGAGCCACCGUCCUGUUGGGGCUCAAUGCAACGAGCAUGGUUGUGAACAUUGUGUACCGAGCAAAUAAGGCGUCGAAAUCACGAGAACUUGACGACAAGCCUGUUGAAGAGAAACCCUUGCCGAAGUUGAUUUAAGAACCCCUACGGAGGGUUUUCCAAACUAUGUCAGUUACCUCACACGACCUGUAUGGAAUGACGGAGGUCAUAUGAGGUUAAUUUAGGGGAAAUCUCAGUUUACUAGCGCUCUGAACAAGCUUGGUUUCAACCUGCUGACUAUCUGCGGCUGUAGUGGACCUGUAGGGUAGCCAUAUUGGUUUUUUAUUUCAUUAUUGUCGGCCUCUAUCCAGUAAAUCUAGUCCUUGUAUCAUGAAUCCAUCUUUCGAUGCUGCUCAUUAGUGUCCUUUGCAUAAAGAACUUUCCCAAAUAUAGGCGAAGUCGGAUGUAGUCAUGUUAUGCAAAUAAUGAAGAAAAAGUUGCA